AUGAAGUUGCAUGAGUCAGGAGUGAAGUUUAAGUGUUUUGAAGGAGAAAAUAGCUUAAUUGACAUAAGAUUUGAAAAACGAAAGCAACGUGUCCCAUGUUUUGAAGAACAUGAGUUGCAAAUACCACAUUUAAAAUUAUCAGAUGACACUGAACGUCGAUUUAGAAACAUUAUGGCUUUGGAACAGUGUCAUUAUCCAUAUGAUACUCAAGUUUGCAAUUACGUUAGUCUAAUAGAUGGUCUUAUUGAUAAUGAAAAAGAUGUGGAAUUGCUUGUUGAAAAUGGAAUUAUUUCCAAUGGAUUGGGCAGCAAUGCUUCGGUAGCAAAUAUGUUUAACAAACUUUGCCUAUUUGUCAAUUUAGGUGAAUCCUCUUACUAUGACUUUUGUGAGGAACUCAAGAGACACUGUAACAAUCCAUGGAACAGAACAAAAGCAACUUUGAAAAGAGUGUAUUUCAACAAUCUUUGGCGAGGCACUGCAACUGUUGCAGCGGUUAUACUCCUAUUGCUCACUUUCGUACAAGCCAUAUGUUCUAUCUUGCAAGUUGAGUUUAUGUAA